CCCCCUUCCACCACAUACCACACGCUACGCGAUACACCACAGAGAAAUCACAGAUAUGUCAGACACAUCAGACUAUGAACUCGAGCGCGAGGCGACCAUUGCCCGCAAUCGCGCGUUGCUCGCCGAGCUCGGACUGGCGAACGCCUCGGAGUCAUUGAAGCCCACGAAGAGCGGUAAAUCCGCCGCGAAGCCCGUGCAACCACGCGUCAAGAAGCCUAAACAGCCUGCGAUGCCCACGCGCCAGUCUACACGGCUCAGAAGGGCGCCCACAGUCGAUCCGAACGAGAGUCCGGCAGCGAAGAGGAAGCGAGAGCGUGCGGAGGAGCAGAGGCGCCGCGAGGAAGAAGAGGAGCUCCUGGCGGCGGCGGAGCGCGAACGCGAGGCGAAGCGGCCCCGCCACCACGACCUUGAUCUGCAGGCGCUCACCGACGAGCUCACACCCGAGGAACUGGGGGAGCUCAGACACACGUUCGCUGAGAUCCUGAAAACGCCACGUCCAAGGCAGGCGAGCUCGGACGAUGCAUACGUCUUCGACGACGAUGUGAAGGAAGAGGCGGAAGUGAAGCAGCUCAAACAGAAGCUGGGGAAGCUCAAGGUUGUGUCGCGUGCGAAGGUUACGCACGACCGGAUAUAUAGUGCGGCGUACCAUCCAGAGCCUACGAAGGACCUGAUAUUCUUCGGAGACAAGCACGGCGAACUCGGGAUCUGGGACGCCCGAGCUCCUAUAGAAGAAGCUGUAGACGAGGAUGGUGAACUCACCUCCGUUGAAGACGCGGAGGGCGGGAAGUACUACAGGUUGCAAAUGCACUGGCCCGCCACAUCCAAGUCCUCGAUAUCCUCCGUCAAAUUUGACCCCAUAGAUGCCUUCAGCGUCUUUACAACCGCAUACGACUGCACUAUCCGAAACCUAUCAUUGACUUCCGGAAUGGCACAUGAAGUCUACGCAACCGACGACAUACUCAUCACGUCUGUCGACCUCCCUCCACACGGCAACGAGAUGUGGAUUUCAGACGUCGCGGGCGGCGUGACCCAUAUGGACCUUCGCGCCCACCGGUCGCAUGCAAAGCGAUAUGACUUAUCCGACACCAAGAUCGGGAGCGUAAGCGUCAACCCCACUCGACCGUAUUUCUUGGUCACCGCGUCCAACAGCCGCGAGUUGAAGGUAUGGGACGCGAGGAUGCUGGAGACUUUGAGCUCCCGGUCCCUCCGUUCGGCACCAAACACUCCUUCAUCGUCGUCCAAGGGCAGAGACAACAGCAUAGUAACCCUGCCUAACGAAGUCGAUCGCGAGACCAUCGACAAGCUGCUCGCCACCAAGAAGGGCCAGUCGACCGUGCGUGCACGGUGGCAGCACAACAAGUCGGUGAGCUCGGCAUACUGGGACUCCCGCGGCCGCUCGAUCGUGAGCACGAGCUACGACGACACCAUUCGGCUGUGGGAUAUCAAGUCUUCGUGGCUGGACAAGGAGGCACCAUUCCCGUCAUCACGGCCCUUCAGUCAGAUCAAGCACAACUGCCAGACGGGUAAAUGGCUCACCAUUCUAAAGGCUCAGUGGACAACCAACCCGGACGUAUACCCUCACUUCACGAUCGGGAACAUGGACCACUCGGUUGACGUCUUCUCGUGCAAAGGUGAUCAUAUUGUCAAGCUGGCUGACAAGACCAAGAUCACCGCGGUGCAGGCGGUCACUUGCUCCCACCCGAGUAUCGUGGAGAGGGUCGCGACUGGAAAUGGAAGCGGACGGUGUGUUCUCUGGGCGCCGCAGGACGUAUGA